UUUGAUUGAGACCGUAGCUUUGAGUGGAUUAGGAUGUAACAUUGUUACAUGUAACGUGACUGUUUGUUAUUUGAAUCUUGAGAAUCUGACAUUAUUUUGUUGCGUAGUGUUCAAAACAUUAACUGAACGGAAAAGGUGUAGUGGUCAAACGGUUAAUCGAGGAUUUUUUUGCCUAUUUGUUUCCACCAAAACAUUUCUCAUUUUGUUCUAAAUUAGUCGAACGUUUUUUAUUUAUUUUUUUGGAUAUCGUGUGUGUCGCAAGGUUAUAUCAAUAUGUUGGUGCUCUUAUGCGCAGUUGUUGUGAUCAUAUUCUUGCUACACAAGUUUCUAAGCCGGGAAUAUGGCUACUUUGAAGCAAAGGGAAUUCCGUAUUCCAAACCCAUGUUCAUCUUUGGUUCUCGAAAGGAUUUCCUAUUCCGAAACAAAUCCAUACUGACGGUGAUUAAAGAUUUCUACGACGAGUUUCCCAAUGAUAAAAUAUCUGGACUUUUCGACUUCAGUAGUCCAGUGUACGUAAUUCGUGAUCCACAACUUAUAAAGCAACUAGCAGUCAAAGAGUUCGACCAUUUCGUCGAUCAUAAGUUUAUGCUAGAUGGGGAUCCCACUUCUUUGUUCGGUAGAGCGUUGUUUAAUCUUCGUGGCCAGAAAUGGAGGGACAUGAGAGCUACAUUAUCACCAGCUUUUACGGGAAGCAAAAUGCGGCAAAUGUUCGAAUUAAUGAAUUUGGUUGGUCAACAAUUUGCUAACACGAUAACGGAUCAAAUCAAGAACGGUGGCGAAAAUUCAUUCGAAUUUAGAGAAUUGUCGCGAAAAUUCACCGUUGAUGUGAUUGCCUCAUGUGCGUUGGGCAUUGAAGUCAAUAGUUUCCAGAAUCCGAAGAAUGAAUUCCAUGAAUUUGCCAUAAACAUGACAGGAAGCUUCGGAAGUUUCGCGACUAUGAUGAAAAUUAUGGCCUACUUCUUAGUUCCGAAAAUAAUGGGCAAACUUAAAGUGAGACUCUUCAGUGAAGAGGCAACCAAAUUUUUCGAAGAUGCCAUCAAAGAAACCAUUAAAAUUCGCGAACAAGAAGGAAUCAUGCGACCUGAUUUGAUAAAUCUGCUGAUGCAAGCGAAGAAGGGAAAACUUUCCUACGAAUUGGAUAAGGAUUCGGACAAAGCAGUUGACGGAUUUGCCACUGUUGAAGAGUCGCAAGUCGGAAGGACGACUGUAACUAGACAGUGGGAAGAUGACGAUUUGGUUGCACAGACGUUUAUAUUCUUCUUUGCAGGCUUCGAAUCCGUGUCCACUAUGAUAAGCUUCAUUGCUUACGAAUUGAUGGUUAAUCCCGAUUGUCAAACGAAGCUCCAAAAAGAAAUUGAUGAAUUGAACGAAAAGGUCGCCGGGAGCCCAGUAAAUUAUAAUCAGAUUCAAGGAAUGAAAUUUAUGGACCAAGUUGUUUGCGAGACGUUACGUAAAUGGCCGUCACCAUUCAUCGAUAGAUUGUGCACAAAAGAAUUUGAAUUGGAAUGUGAUGGCAAGAAGAUCUUAAUCGAGAAAGGCAGAAGUUUCUACAUUCCAACGGCCGGACUUCAUUUCGAUGAACGCUAUUUCCCAAAUCCAGAGAAAUUCGAUCCGGAGCGUUUCAACGACGAAAAUCGUGGCAAAAUCGACCCUGGAACCUAUCUGCCAUUCGGAGUCGGGCCUCGCAAUUGCAUAGGCUCUAGAUUCGCUCUGAUGGAACUGAAGACAAUCAUCUAUUAUUUGCUGUUGAAUUUCAACUUUGAACCGAACGAAAAGACACAGAUUCCGAUGAAACUAAAGUAUAGUCCAGUGCAAUUUAUUCCGGAGAAGGGAGUUUGGGUGAAAUUUACACCCCGAUCAAAAUAACACAGAGUAAUGGGUCAACGUUUUCCCUAAAAUAUGUGUGCUUUGUGCUUACUAACAACAUUUUUAUUCAAUAAAUUUUGCUUCUAUUUUUGAACUUCU